AUGAAAGACGUUUUUCAUCGAUUAUUAUUAGGUAAUAUUGGAAUGAUGUCAUAUGGUUUAUUCUUUGGUUGGUCAUCGCCUUCAUUGCCUCUUCUGUUGCAAGACGAGAGUCCUAUACCUUUAACAUUGCAACAGGCUACAUGGGUCUCAUCUAUUUUCACCAUGGGUGGUGCUAUCGGUUCACUACUUUCUGUUUACAUCGUAAACGUAAUUGGCAGGAAGUCGACCUUUGUUUCCACUGCCAUACCAGCAGUGAUAGGAUGGAUGAUGAUUGCUUUCGCGACAUCAGCAUGGGAAUUAAUCCUGGGUAGAUUUGUUUGUGGAUUAAGUCAAGGAAUUGGCUACACUUCGGCCACCAUGUACGUAGGUGAAAUUUCGCCCGCUGACAUUCGUGGAAUAUUAACGUCGAUGUUGACCGUAGCUACGAAAUUUGGUAUGUUCGUUGUGUGGACGAUAGGACCGUUUCUCUCCGUGAGAGAUCUUGCGCUUGUAUCGUCAUUGAUACCAGUUCUUUUCUUCGUGAGCUUGGCAUCAUUACCUGAAUCUCCAUACCACUUGAUGCUUCGUGGCAGACACCAGGAGGCGAUAAAGUCUCUCAUGCAAUUAAGGGGAUCCGGGGAUGUUUCAAAAGAAGCGGAUAUCAUCGACAAAUCCAUAAAAAUCGAUCUGACAAAAGACACUGGAUUAUGGGAGUUGAUCAGCGUCUCCGGGAACAGAAAAGCAUUAAUAGUUGUGCUGGGUCUGUUCGUAAUUCAACAGUGGAGUGGCAGUUUAGCAAUAGUUUCGUAUGCCGAACUAAUUUUCAACGAGACGAAUAACCAUUUUGAAGGGAAAUAUGUGACCAUGGUGUUGGGUGGUAUACAAAUGCUGUGCUCCGUGAUCAGCGCGUGCGUGGUGGAUCGCUACGACAGGCGGACUCUGCUCCUAAUUUCCGCAUCCGGCAUUUCUAUCUCCACUUUCCUCAUUGGUUUAUUUUUUUUCCUUCGACAUAUCCAAAUGGACGUCAGUGAGAUCACUUGGUUGCCAGCCGCUGGAUCGAUAGUCUACAUCAUCGUGUACUCCAUCGGUCUGUCCGCACUUCCGUUCACCAUGAUGAGCGAGGUUUUUCCAACAAAUGUUAAAGCUCUGGCAAGCACGAUUGGAAUACUGUGCUUCAAUUUUUGCGCCUUUCUCGUAACUCUCUCUUAUCAGGAUAUCGCUAAACACGGCAUACACGUCGCAUUUUGGCUGUUCUCCUCGACCGCUGUUUUAGGCACCCCUUUUAUAUAUUUCUGCGUGCCCGAGACGAAGAGGAGAACGUUGCAGGAGAUACAACAGCAGUUGCACGGAUAUAAAUUGUAA